UUUCCUUCUCACAAAGUCUCCCAGCUGCCAUACUUUUUUCCUUCUUACAAUUCUCACACCCAUUAUUCUCUUUCCUUCUCACAAUGGUUAACUUGAUAGCCUCUCGCAUUGUCAAACCAGCAAAACCAAUCCCUACAAAAGUAAUGUUUUUAUCUGAGUGUGAUCAACGUGUAGCCGUGACUCAUGCAACUGUCGUCCAUUUUUACAAGCCAGAAAGUCCAGAAUUGCUGAAUGAUGCCACUGAGGUUUUGAAAGACUCACUAAGCGAAGCCUUGGUGGCGUUUUAUCCGCUUGCUGGACGUUUAUACCCGAAAGAUGGGGGCCGAGUUGAGCUGCAUUGCAAUUCCAUGGGAGCUUUACUUGUUGAAGCUCAAUCUGAACUCAAAAUCCAGGAUUUGGGAGACUUCUGUCCAGCGCCACAAAUCCGUGCCCUGAUCCCACCUAUAGAUAACAAUAAUACUCCCCUUCAUGAGGUACCGCUCCUUUUAGUGCAAAUUACAAAGUUUGCCUGUGGUGGUGUUUCUAUAGGCUUGGCCGUGUCACGCGUCAUUGCUGACGGCCAAAGCGGGUUUCAUUUUGUUUCCGAAUGGGCAAAGAUUGCACGUGGUGAAAAAUCUGAUGAUCAACCAUUUCUAGAUCGAACAAUUUUUCAGAAAUAUGAAGACGAUCAUCCAUCAUCAACGGCUCCAAAAUUACAAUACUCGGACUUUUUCCCCCUACCCGUCCUGAUAGGCCGGUCUAGCAGCUUGGAAGGGCGUAAAAAGGCUACCAUCUGUGCCAUGCUUAAGUUAAGUAAAGACCAAAUUGAGCAGAUCAGGAACAAGGCCAACGACCAAGAUUUGAUGAUUCACAAAACUAGCAAUCAAAGGCCCUUUAGCCGGUUUGUAGCAGUAUCUGCACAUAUAUGGAGGUGCUUAUCCAAGGCCCGUAUGCACAACCCCGCCCAAGAAACGGUUCUAUAUGUGACUGUGGAUUUUCGCAAGCGGCUUAAACUACCCUUGCCCGGAAGGUACUUUGGAAAUGCUGUCUUACCUGUACCAGCAAGAGCCAUUGCAGGUGACCUCCAAUCGAGGCCACUAAGCUAUGCUUCAAGCAAAAUUAAGGAAGCAAUAGAGAAUGUUACAGAUGAGUAUGUAAGGUCAUAUCUUGUUUGUAUGAAGAACAUUCCGGAGGUAUCCACCAGUCCAUAUUUUCACACCGUUGGUCGUCCGCAGGGGUUGUUCUUCGGAAAUCCCAAUUUGAUCGUUACGACUUGGGUUGGUCUGGGCUUGUACAAAGCCGAUUUUGGGUGGGGAGAUGAAAUAUUCAUGGCCCAUGCGUCACUAGGUGAUGAUGGAAAACUCUUCAUUAUUCCUAGUCCUAAUGGAGAUGGGUCGUUAUUGAUACCAUUGGGCCUACAAGUAGAACAUAUUAAUGCUUUUAAGAAGUAUUUCUAUGAAGAUAUAUGAUGAUGUAGACUUACAAGGGAACCUACAAAUUGGCAGCUGGUGGAGAAGAGAACAGUUCAAAGAGCUAUUAUUGCAUAGAAACGGGACGUGGAACUUUUAAUAAAUGGAAGCUGGAGCAGAGGGUACCCAAAAAUUUGUCUCCAAAGUAGUAGCAAAUAAGGAGAUUUUUAUGAUGUCUUUUUUUGUAAAACAAAAAAAAAAGGAUUAAU